UCCUGCUUUGCGUCACCUGCCUCCUCGGUUGUAAAGAGACGUUACCCUCGGAACUGUUCACUGCACCCAUUACAACUGGUGGACUUACGGGGUAUUCAAGAACAUCCACACCCUGGAAGUCCGAUCUCGGACUCUGCCUCCCGUCUUGCCUGACUUUUCCCAGCUGACGUCGCCGCCACCCCCCGUUGCCUGCUCUGGCGCUGUCCCCCAACGCCAUCCAGCGGUUUUCAGCGGUACGGAUGAACAGGACGUCAAUGGCUGGUUGGCUACGUACAAACGGGUUCGGACGGUCGUGAAUUGACAUGACCAGCCACAGACAACUGGCUGCUGCAUCACUAGCGUCACCGUUUACUCAAAGCGGGGUACCGAAGGUUUAUGAUGAGGUCAGAGAACCCGACCGACAAGCCACAGCCGAGCUGCUCAAGACUUGGCAGGCGUCAUUUUUCCCGUGUUCCAGUGAAAACGACGCGAGAGACCACCAGUACCUGGACGUCGGCUGUGGCCCCGGAAACUUCACGCUGAAGUACCUCUUGUCCCUGUGCCCUCCGACGCUGAAAAGACUCGUGGCUUCGGACAACUCGGAGGCCAUGCUCGAUUAUGCGAGAAUGGUCCACGCCCACCCAAAGAUUGAUCACCGGUUGCUGGACAUCGCUGUCGACGACGAUGUGACUCGGUUCAUCGCCGAGGAGGGUCGCUUUGAGCGGGUCUACUCCUUCCUCGCGUUUCACUGGAUUCAAAACAGGGGAGCUGCACUGAAGAACAUCGAGCGCCUGAUGACAUCUGGUGGCGAGUGCCUCGUUAUAUACAAUCCCUACCCCGCACCAGCGCUGCUCUACAGGGCACUACUGGAAAGCAAGUCGUGGGCGAAAUACCACGAUGUGAUCUGGCGCGCCAUGCCCGUAUUUCAUGAACAUAGCGACGCUGUCUCCUUGAGAAAGAACCUCUUCGACCUUGUCAAGCUAACAGCGCUCAUUCCACUGACUUGUGAACUGGUUGGAGUCAACGUCAAAAGUGCAAGCAUCGACGACGCUGUUUGUACGCAAUUGGCACCCCCAUAUAUAAGCUGCUCGCAGAAGAAGAGAAACCCGAGUUGUUCAAGUUCGUCAAAAAUUUCAUGCUGCAAGGACAUUGCUCCAGCUUCUCAACAGAAGGAACAACAAAACAGCUCAGAUUUGUUUUUCACGGCUACAAACCGUAGGCUUCAUUUUUGUCUCCACCAAUGCAUCGAGAACCGGCAGAGUGACGUAACAGCCCAAACCUCUCACUCGCAAACUUCGCAAAUUCUAGUGAAGGUGAGCUUUACAAAGUACAGGCGGAAUGCUGAGAUUAGAGCGUGCAAGGAACGUGAUUAGAUUUUAUUGCAAUAAAUACCGGUUCACGUCCCCGCCA